UUUGGUAGGGACGGGACUGGGCCGGGCUAGCUAUUUUUAUCGUCUGUCAAAGCUAGUUAGCUACUGCUAACAUUGGAGCCUUAAACAUUCGUUCUCGACACGGUUAAAUUCGUUGUAAUAAAAUGGUCGUUGUGACAAACCACCAUGAAGAGCAGGAUUACAUCCUGAUUGAGGAGCGCAAAUGCACCUCCCUGCCCAACUCUCCAGCCAAGCGAGCGUGUCCCAGCAAAAAGAAACAGUUCUACAUCAACCAAGCCAUCCGCAACUCGGACCUCACGCCGCGAGCCAAAGGCAAGAAGAGCCUGCGGCGACAGGAGAACACACGUUUUCUUGCCAAUCUUCUUGAGAAGGACGACGAGUGUUCCAAAGAUGAACUGGAAGUUUGCAGUACUCCAGCAAUCCCGUCUAUCUUCACGGAGGCCUGGACCAAUGACGACUACAUCGAGCCAUGGAGUGACUUCAUGAAAUGUUCCGGAGAAGAGCAGGAGAGACUUUUGUCUCUGCUCGAGCAGGAAGUGGCCAAGAAGAAAGUCGCCAGUUGUCUCCUUAAAGACCAGAGGAAUGUAAAUCCUGCCUUCACAGCUCAGGAAUGUUUCCAGCGAAUCGACCGGAGACUGCGAACAACUUUGAGACGAAGACAAAUCCCUGUGGGAACGCUGGAAGUCCUUGAAGAAAACGUUCUGAGCUUCUUCCUCACGCAACCUCAUUCAGUUUACACAGCCAACCUCUCCAGCAGCUUUGAAAGGCUGCUGCUCCAUGCCGUCUGCCAGUACAUGGACCUCGUCUCUUCAAGCAGCAACUUGGAUGGGUGUCGUCAGACUGAAGUGGUCAACAAACAGGAGGACUUCCUGCCUCCCGCACUUUUGCUGUCGGCCUAUUUGGACCAAAGGUGCUAAGAUGAGGCUCACACUCACCAGCCUGGCCUUAAAUGUGUGCGCAACAAUAUCCUCGGUGAGGUCAGAGAAAUGUACCAUCUGCCUGGUUGGGCCUCUCACUUGAUUAUCUAGGAAUCCAAUUUGUUCUUUAACGUGCUACAUAGCAGUUUGGAUGCAAAGUCCUCGAAACAUGUAAUUAAGUACAAUGUGUCUAAAAGGGAAGUUAUUAAUGACGUUAAUUGCCCCGCCGCAAUCCGGCGGUUCACUCGGUGCUUGACGUGCCGACAUUCGAUGGUGCAUGUUCUCAGUUUUUGUGUUCACAACAGAACAUUUGCUUUGUCGUGUUUGACAAAUUUUUGGUCAUGGGUUGAUGAACCGUGUUUUGUUUAACUUGUCAGUCUAGAAAUGUUACUUUAAUUGUGUGUUAGUUACAUAAUGAGAUACUGUACAUGGCAAAAUCCAAAGGAUAUCUAGUUGGAUACGUUUACAUCGAGGUGAGCCAUUCAUUUCUAGCGAAUGAAUGAUUUAAUAGUAAUAUUUACAAUUGUGUUUUUACUUGGGAAUUAUGUAUACAGUACUAUACUUAAAGGACCUUGUCAUGCAGAAAAAAAAAGUUCUAGAUAUGAAUCAUGACUUAUAAGGAUGAUAACAUAAUGCUUUUGGGUGGCGGUAUAAAACAAAAUUGCUUUACCAAUUAGCGGCAUUAGCCUGCAGGAUUAACAAACUAGUUAGUGCAUGAAUCAUGGUCAUUGAAACGUCUCACCCGUGUGCUGUAGCUAAACGAGUACUUUUGUCUUUGUACGUAGUAUGAAAAAAAAAAAAAAGGUUGUGAAGAAGCACUUCUGCCUUAGGAAAGCAAAUCUAUUUCUAAGUUUGUACUUUACUGAACUUUAGAAACACAUUGCAGGUUAUUUUUAAGCAAAUCAAAUUCCAGUGUCUUCACGGAACAAGGCUUGAUCUGUCGACUUUUGUUGUCAACAACCAAAGUUUGUACGAAAUCUAAUUUCUCAGGUGGUGUACGAUUUUGCCACGGAAUGUCAUGUUGUAAUUUCACUCUUCGAGAUGAUCAUGUAUCAUGUUUAUUUGCCAACGCCUUCUAUUAUUCAUACUGUAAAUAUUGGGUGUGAUCAUUUUACACACAAAGUUGUGUACAUGUUUGUGUGUGCUACGGUUAUGGUGCUUAUUUAUAAUUAUCAUUACAAGGUUGUAUUUUUUUUCUCUGGAUUAUGUGCAUGAAAAUUCGGGAAGCCAUGUCUGAUUUAACAGUUUAAUAAACAUGACUUUAAAGCGCA